AAGUGAAGUUUCCCCCCGAGCAGAAAGAGCAGAACAUUUCGGCUCUAAGUUUCAUCAAAUAAACCCGCAAUAAGUCCAUUUGGUUUAUUAGAAAAAUUCUGUGAAAGAAAAUAUAGUUUUUUACGUCAGAAUAGCAGAACAUUUUAAAUGUAUCAUAAGGUUAAGAGCCUAUAAGCUAAGCUAAGUUAGCUAGUAAACAUUGCUAGUUAGCAUCCAAGCUAACUGCAGCCAAGUUAGCAUCUAAGCUAACUGAGGUGACUGAGGUGAUUUUACACGGUGUGGUACGGUUUGGACCGUUAUUUAGUUUAUUUACGCUAUGGACGUGACGACGUGUCUGAAAUCUCUGCUUCUGGCGAUUCGACAACACAGAAACAACAGAGGAACCUUGAACACGUCACUGCUCCAGAAACACAUAGAAGACGUGUGUGAGUUAAAGUGCCCCAGGAUCUGGUCCUCAGGUCAGGUUCUCCCCAGUGAGUGUCUGAAUGGUCUGCUGGAGGUAGCUGGAGAUCCCAACACCAGUCCUGCUCUCACUGGCAGCAUCUUGUCUCUGCUCCUACAGCUCGCAUCUGAUGAUGAGAGUAAAGAGGCUCACAGCCGUUAUAACAUCGUCGGCACGCUGACGGCCGUCAUCCACUGUAACAGAGCUACACCCGAGGAUCCAAUCGUGCAGCAGUGUCUGCAGGUCCUGCAGCAUCUCACCUACAAUGUCAGAAUCCUGCACUGCGCCUCACACAUAGACGACCUCCUCACCUUCCUCAUGAUCAACAUCCAGUCUCAGAAUGAUGUCAUCACCAAGCCAUGCUUAGGUCUGAUGGCUAAUUUGUGUCGACACAACCAGUCUGUACAGGUGCAGAUUAAGUCUCAGAGUAACGUUAAAGCUUUCUACAGAGCUUUGCUUAACUUCCUAGGUCACAACUGCCUCACUGUGGUCGUCUUCGCUCUCUCGAUUUUGUCUAGCCUUACCCUCAGUGAGGAAGUGGGACAAAAGUUGUUCAAUGCAAAGAACAUUCACCAGACCUUUCAGCUUAUCUUCAACAUCACGGUGAAUGGAGACGGAACCAUGACGAGGAACUACGCCGUUGACUUACUAGUGGAUCUGCUCAAAAAUGCCAAAAUUGCUGAUUAUCUCACCAAUUAUAAACACCUCCCCGUGUGUCUGAGUGAGGUGGUCUGUCUUCUCCAUGGUAAAGACCCGGAUACAGCAGUGAAGGUGCUGGAGCUGCUUGUGUCUCUGUGCUCUGUUCCGCCCCUGCGCAGACUCAUCUGUCAGACGGUUUUAAAACCCGCCACUCCUCGCCUGCAGCCCACCGCCAGGAACCCCGCCCAUGCCAAGGGAGUGGAGCCAGGCCUGUCACUGCUCCAGUGGGCUACACGCCCCCUGCAGGGACCAGAGCGGUGUUACCUGCUAGCACUGGAGCUCUUCACUGAGUUGUUUGAGGAGGUGAUUGGAUCCUCACAGUCUGGUUCUGCUCGCUCGUUUUUGGAGCUCCUCCUCCCAGCGCUGCACAGUUUACUGCAGACUCCAGACUUCAUCGGAGGAGACGAGCUGCUACAGAGGCACUGUGCGAGAGCCGGACGAGCGCUGGACCUCAUGCUAGUCCUUUGUGGAGACGACAUGAUGAAGACUCUGGUGGCGCAGCACAUGAGCUCAGAGCUGUGUGUGUCGCUGGUGGAGCUGUUGCUGUCUAACAGUCAGGACUACGUCACCUCCGUCUGCUCGGACACGAGCGCUCGGCUCAGCCACGUUUUCUGUGAGACGGUCCUGAAGACUCUGGAGCUGAUGAGCCAGCUGAAGCAGCAUGUAGCCGACAUGGAGACCUGCUUUUACCAGAUGCUGCAGGACCAGCGCAUUGUCACACCUCUGUCUCAAGCCCUGACGUCACCACAUCGAGAGCGAGUACACACAGCUCUGCGCAUCCUGUUCGAAGCUGCGCCGCUGCCCGAUUUCCCCGCCGUCAUUUUAGGAGAAAGCAUCGCAGCUAAUAACGCGUACCGGCAGCGUGAGGGCGAGUCGAUUGUCAGAGUCAGUGGCCUCCAGGACGACGGCGUCACCUCGGUGAAGAACGUUUCUCUGAGCAUCGCUGCUCCGAACAGUCCGUCUGGCCAGAGCAUCGACAGCCUCAUCGAGAAACUGCAGAGCGGCAUUCAUUUACAGGAUCAGAUGAAGGACGUGCACAUGUCCGAGAUCAUUGAUGUGUACGAGCAGAAAAUCUCCGCCCUGGCCUCAAAAGAAAGCCGUCUUCAGGACCUGUUGGAGGCCAAAGCUCUUGCUCUGUCUCAGGCUGACCGUCUGAUCGCUCAGUACCGCUGUCAGAGAGCACAAGCUGAGGCAGAGGCCCGAAAGCUGGCUUCUCUGCUGAAGGACACGGAGAGGAGGAAGGAGGAGCUGCAGGCUGAACUGAGUGAUCAGGUGUUGGAGGUGGAGAAGCUGAAGAGUGACAGUCAGCAGCUCCUGCAGCACAACAGCCGCCUGCAGGCCGUGUCUGAUGAACACCAGAACCUGAAGAGCACCUACAACCAACUGCUGAGCAGGUACAACAAGAGCGAAGCGAUGCUGAAGGAGCUCCAGGCCGCUCACAUCUCCCUCACGCAGCAGGCUGAAUCCCUCAGGAAGAACAACGACGGGCUCAAACUGCAGCAAGAGAGGUUGUCAUCAGAGCUGCAGCAGAAGGAAGAGAGGAUCUCAACCAUGGAAGCAGCCUUGCAGGAGAAACACAACACUAUAGCGGACCUGCAUGCUGAGGUGAAGAGGCAGAAGGAGCAGGCUGGUGAGAUGGACGAGAACAUCAACACGCUGAGGAAGGAACUCGCCAAGACGGAGCAGGCCAGGAAAGACGCCAGCAUCAAGGCCUCUUCUUUAGAGCUGCAAAGGUCUCAGCUGGAGGUGAAACUGCAGAAAAAGGAGGAGGAACUGAACAAACACACGCACAUGAUCGCCAUGAUCCACAGCCUGAGCAGCGGCAAACUGAAGAACGACGCCACAGCCAACCUUUCUCUGUGACACACACACACACACACACACACACAUAUCCAGAAGACCAGAAGGAGUGGCUCAAUUUACAGAUUUAUAUGCACUACACAGACACACACACAGACACACCAGCCAUGAUGAACUCACAUGACACAUACAAUAUAAAAUACAUUUUAAAUAUUUUUAACACUGAACUCCAGAUAACAUUUUUGUCUUGUUUUCUGUCUGUCUGUCUUUUCUUUUUGUUUUUUUUACAUGUUGUUCCUGACAUUUUCUCUCUUUAUUUAAAAUAAAUAAAUAUUAUUUCCCAUUUUAUUUUUAUCUUCUUCUUCACUGCAGAACGGUUCAGUUCCAUCGUGGAUUUGAGCAACAGAAUCAUUCUCUAUGUACUGAUUUGAAGGAGAAAAAUAUACUUUGACUUUUCCUCCAGUAGAUGGCGCUGCCUCACCCUCACUAUAACUAAUACAA